GGGAUGACAACCACACUCUUAUUGACCAGGAGAAGCGAUUAAUGACAAAAGAAACCAACCGAACUCUUCGAUACAGAUUUAGAGGCGGCGAUUCCUCCCGCCGCCCAUUCACGGGCUCUGUUUUGGUAGCAGCGGGCGGCUCCGCGCUCAAGCCAGCGCGAAGGAGCCGCGGGCGUAGCGGAAGUGACGCCGUUGUACCGGGCUCGGUACCGGGCCCGCGCCAUGGAGGCCUGGGUGCGCUUCAGCGCCCAGAGCCAGGGCCGGGAGCGCCUCCUCAGGGCCGCCCAGUACGCCUGUACCUUAGCCGGGGCCGCGCUGAGCCGCGCCGGGGGCAGCUCCGGCAGCCUGAGCCGCCUGCAGCAGCUGGAGGCUCAUCUGAAUGAAUGUGACUUUUCCAUUACCCCGGGCAUUUCUGUGGCUGCUGGGAGCAGCCAGAGCCUUCUGCUUCCGCUGCUUCCCUGUCUCCCACUUUCCGCCCCUGUUCUCCCCAGGUAUUACCUGUUUGCUCUGGUGGUGAACCUCAGCAGGGACGCCUACGAGAUCCGGCUGCUGCUGGAACGCGCCGAGGCCGCCAGGAAACGUGGCAAGAGCCCCCAAAAAAGCCCCCAAAAAAGCCCCCAGCCCCAGGCUGAGGGCAGGAUCCAGCACCUCCGGCUCCAGCUGCAGCUCCAGCUGCAGCUCCUGCUGCAGGUGCUGCGGGAGAACCCUCCAUUGCUGCUGGACCUGCUGAGGAAUGCCUGCGACCUGGUGAUCCCUCUGGAAAAGCUGGGCUUGUGCAGGAGCAGCCCUGGAAUUGUGGGGUUCUGUGGGCUCACCUCCUCCGUGCUCUCCAUCAUCACCAUCCUCCACCCCUGGCUCAAGCUGAAGCCAUAGUUAUCCUGGCUUCAAAAAUUCACAUAUUUGGGAAUUUUGGGGGGUUUGUGGCACCUCUGGAGGUGACUGGCUGGUGCCAUUCCCAUCAUGCCUGACUCCUUGGAGCCACGAGGUUGCAGCGUUGGAUCCCACAUGGACUUCAGCUCCCAAAAUGUGACUUUUCCCGCAAUUUUAGAGGUUCAACGUUCCCCCUUUCUCUCUGGGAAGAGCCUUUCACGUGGAGCCAGCUAAUGGAAUAAUUGGGGCUGGAAAAUGUGGAUUUGGGGCUGGAAAAUGCGGAUUUGGGGCUGGAAAAUGUGAAUCUCUUGGGGUCUCACCCCCUCCCAUCAUCACCGUCCUCCACCCCUGGCUCAAGCUGAAGCUGUAGUUAUCCUGGGGAUGUUUGGGAAUUGUGGGGGUUUACCCCAAAAUCGUGAUUGUGGCACCUCUGGAGGUGACUGGCUGGUGCCAUUCCCAUCAUUUCUGACUCCUUGGAGCCACGAGGUUCCAGUGUUGGAUCCCACAAUGGGAUUUAUGGGAUUUUGGGACUUCAGCUCUCAAAAUGUGGUUUUUUCCCCAUUGACUUUUCCAGCAAUUUUAGAGGUUCAACGUUCCCCCUUUCUCUCUGGGAAGAGCCUUUCACGUGGAGCCAGCUAAUGGAAUAAUUUGGGCUGGAAAAUGUGGAUUUGGGGCUGGAAAAUGUGGAUUUGGGGCUGGAAAAUGCGGAUUUGGUGCAGGAAUAUCCUCUUGAAAGUUUUUUGGGAACUCCAUCAAUUUUGGGAAUGAUUAAAUUCCAGAGGCAGAUUGUCCUUGCAUCUGUCCCUGGGAGAGCAGGAACAGUUUUGAAAGGUUUUUUAGGAGCUGGGAAUCGUGAAAUUCCAGAGGCAGAUUGUCCCUGCGAGAGCAGGAAUAUCCUCUUGAAGGUUUUUUGGGAACUCCAAAAUUUUUUUGGAAUGAUUAAAUUCCAGAGGCAGAUUGCCCUUGGAUCUGUCCCUGGGAAGAGCAGGAAUAUCCUCUGGAAGGAUUUUUUUGGGAGCUCCAGACUGAAACAUUGCCCACUCCUGGGCUGUGCCAAAGGUUUUUUUCCCUGGGCAAAGCAGGCACUGAAGGCUUUGGAGCAGUGUGGAAUUCCCAGUGGGAAUUGGGAUGGGUGGUGCACUCCAGGGGAUCCCACAGUGUCAUUAAUGAAGAAUUUAAUUAUUAAAGUGCAGCGGCCUCCUG